UGUAAGGUAUUCAGUCAUCAUGGCUCUGUUCUGGUCUUGUGCUCUCCUCUCCUGCCUGGUGGCUGUCAGCUUAGUUCAUGCAGAAAUGAAGCUGGACUGCAGGACUGACUACAUGACACUGGUUUGGACUGACCCCCGAUCACAGGCAGACUUCUCGCUGUUCCGGCUUGGUAGCUGCUUCCCUACUAGCUUCACAGCACGGGAGGUGGCCUUCAAUGUGGAAUUUGAUGACUGCAGCUUCAGGAAACUGGUUACUGGAGAUGAGCUAACUUAUAGCAAUGAUCUGAUCUACACGUCUUCUCCUGACUCCAGUGUGCUCCCCUUUGCUCUUCCAGUUGUCUGCUCUUAUAAGAGGCCCAAGGACUGGUACCCCAUGAUUUAUGACCCAGUGUUUUCUACUUAUGGAGUUGAAGACUUGAUGUUUCAUCUGGAACUAAUGAAUGCUGACUUCUCGGGCCCUGCUGAAUCUACUGAGUUCUCCCUGGGUUCAAUUAUCCCCAUCAUGGCUAGUGUGGAGCAGGAGAACCAUCAGCCCUUGCUGGUACUGCUUGAGGAGUGUGUUGCCACCACCACACCAGACCUCCUGCCAAGCGCUGAAGUGUAUAAAAUUAUCACCAAUAAGGGAUGUUUAGUGGACAGCAAAACUUCAAGAUCAAGAUUUGAAAGGCAGAAUGUGAACGAUUUGAUGCUUUCCCUCCAAGCGUUUAGAUUUGCUUUGGGACAGGAGGUCUACAUCCACUGCAGCAUUAUGGCUUGGGACCCCAAUAGUCUUGAUGAGACAAAGAAAGCCUGCCACUAUGUAGCAGAUCAUGGCUGGGAGCUGCUGGACAAUCCUGUGUACAGUGGGUUGUGUGACUGCUGUGAAUCUACUUGCAAGUCCAGAAAGAAGAGGAGUCUGGGAUCAGAAAAGACUGGCUUGGUUCAAAAGGCAGUCCUUGGGCCACUAACCAUCACUGAAUAAACUGGAGCAUCUAUUGGGAACGGAAUGGACCGCCAUCUACUGAACAAAUUUAAUUUCUUGUAUACCUUUGUCUUGCUGAUAUUAAAGAGAUGAAACUAAA